AUGGACGCUGAACAAGAAUAGGUGAUGUAUCCUAGAAUUUUAUUCGAAUAAAUGGCCUAAUUUAGAGGUAAAAAAGUAACAGUUGUUGGAAAUGUAUGCAACGAAGAUCAAAAUGACUCUUUAGUCAUUGAAUUUGGUCCAACUGGAUUAAAUUAGCAUGUAGUCAUAGAUAACUAUAGAAGAGUUGAUUUAAAUAAUACCACCAAAUUUGUUGAAAUUAGAGGAGUUGUUUUGAAUUAAAAUAUAGUCAGUUGUGAAGAAUUAACUGAAUUUGAAUAAAAAGAUCCUUUUGGUAAAUAAUUAUUGCACCUUCCAUGA